CUCAGGGACAGUAUAUAAAUGGUGGCCAGGCCUAGGCAGGGCAGACCGCUGGGAAGAGCUUGCCCAUGAGGAAUGGCGCGGUAUCAGCAUGGGCAGCGUGGACUGCCUAGAUCCACUAAAAGAAGAUCAAGAUCUCUCCCGAGACAGAAGACAAGGGCUAUGACAGCGCCUAAAUUUAAGUGCAAGGCAAACAAGAAUUCGAGCAGGGCCAAGAGCCCCCAACAAAGGGCGAGAACAUCUCCCCGGGCGUUCCCACGCACGGUGGUGACCCAAAGACAGGGGAAGCGGCAGCGCGGUUUGGCCCGUUUCACCUACCAGCUGCAAAACAACCGCUCGGGGCCCCGGUGCAGGAGCGCAUCCGUGAGACCCCGUGGAAGACCAGCCCCUCGCGUGCCGCUCCGGAAAGGCAAGGUCAACAGGGACCGCCAGAGAAACAGCACCAGGGUGGGCGGGAGGAGGUCCGCCCGAGGCCGUGGAGGCCCAGGCCCACAGAAGGUGGUGCCACAGGCCCGUGUGCGCAGAGGCCACAAAACUCCAUACAACCUGAGGCGUGGCCCGUGGCCUGUGUACCACUAUUGAGCAAUGGAGGUAGACCUGGAACUGUGCACCACUUUCCAGUGAUGGUAUCAAUAAAACUUAGCUC